GUUUUACACCGGGAGUCAAAGAUGCGAGUUCCCACUGCGACUGGUGCGUCAGUGAGCGGAUCCAGGAGCAUACAGGCUGGGUCCACUCCUCCAUGUGACAUGAGCCGUGCGGCUGCAGCUCUUCACUCUGACCGCUGGCCUGAAACCAGCAUGAUCCUAACAGUUCAAACUCCAGUAUCUCCAGUGGGCAGACAGUGAGGACCAGUAGCCACCAUGCAAUGUGUGUAAGGGACCAGUGGUGGUGUUGUGGGCCCAGGCGGGAUGCUGUUGACGGCCAGUCAGUAUGACCUUGCUGGACUUGUGGCUGUCGCGCUCCAUCCCCAUGUGCCUGCUCCUUCAGAGCCUUGUCCUCAUGGCCCUGUGCUUCCCAUCGGCCAGCAUGUGCCCAAAGGGCUGCAUCUGCCAACGCGACCCCCACCUCCAUGGCCUCAACGUUACCUGCAGUCAGUCCCGCCUCAAAGAGAUCCCCCCCAGCCUCCCGGUUGAUACAGUCCUGCUGAGGCUGGACCACAACCAAAUUGGAGCCGUGCCUGAUCAAACCUUCCAUGGACUUAGGCUAUUGAGGGAGCUCAAUCUUUCAUACAACGCAGUGGAGACUUUGGGCGAAGCAGCCUUCAGUGGCAUAGAGGCGACCUUACAGGUGCUGGACCUCUCCCACAACCGUAUCACUAGCGUACACAAGGAUGCCUUUGCUCGGCUCAAGGCCCGCGUCAUAGUGGACGAUAACCCCUGGCAUUGUGAUUGCGCCCUCCAGCAGGCCAUCAGUGGAAUGGCCCACAACCACGAGGCUGCUGCUAGGGUUCUUUGCAGGAGCUCGGAGCUUCUUGACCAGGAGGGAAGACCUUUCAUGGCAGUGGAUACUGACCUCUGUAACCUGGCCAAAAGGACCACAGACUAUGCUAUGCUGGUGACCAUGUUUGGUUGGUUUGCCAUGGUCAUUUCAUAUGUGGUGUAUUAUGUUCGACAGAACCAGGAGGACGCCCGACGCCACCUGGAGUACCUCAAGUCUCUUCCUAGCAAACCCAAGAAACCUGACGAGGCUGACGACAUUAGCACUGUUGUUUGAUUGCUGUCACAGUGACUGAGUCCAUCACAAACCUUAUAGCCACCAAAAUGUUUAUGUGACAGGACCCCCUUUUAAAGUGUGUUUACUAUUUGUAAUACUAGUGAUGUGAGCAUCAAAUUGCUGAUAAAUCUUUGUAUUUUGGAAAUAUUGUUGUAUGUCCCUAACCAGGGUUUGCUCAUGACCGAUUUGAGAUGCGAUGAGAAGGGAGGCCACAGACUAACACUCUAAUACCAACAUUAUCUUUUCUACAGAAAUUAAUUAUGGAGUUUUGAAUAUUUGAAUCUCAGGUUUAAAUAUUGAUAUGAAAAUUGCUCUUUUUAAAUGAAAUUUGGAAUAUAUGAUAAAUAAGAAAUAUAUUUUUAAGAUAAAAAAUCCUAUUGUCUAUUUCCCAGAGCCCUGGUUUUGGUGUCUCAGUCCAAAGUAAGAUAUAUUUUGAGUUUUUUUAAACACUUGUUAAACCAAGUGCAUCCUCAAUUCCCAGAGAAAUCAAACAUAAAUUACAAUAUUUAAAGAUUGUAGUUAUUACAAAUUAUUUCAGAACUUGGAGCCCUAUAUUUUAAGGGAGACUAAUUGUCUUCACAUUGUGUCUAUCAAAGCUUUGAAUAUAUAGGGUGUGUUUACAUCCUUUUGAUUAAGAAAAAUCAAACUUAACACAAUAUAGUCAGACAUGUUGGAUUUCAAUGAAACAUUCAGUGAAUGAUCUCAUUAAGUGGCUACAGAGAUUUCGGCGGAAGCCUCAUUUUGGCGAAUAAAAGAAAAAAAUAAGAAAUAAAGAAAUUCUGACUUAAAAUCAUUUGAUACAUAGUUAAACUUUUUACUCUGUGGAUGAAACUUAUGGAAUAUUUAAAAAGAGUUUCACAACAAUCCCAACUUUAAAACAAUCAAUUAUUAUAUUUUGAAAUGGUAUUUGGACCAUGGUGGUGCCAGUGGACCAAGGGCCAGUUUUGACUGCGUACCAUAGAGGUUAGAGUGAACAAACCAGACCAGGGAAAGUAUAGAACAUUCAACUUUUAAAAUCACAAGAAACACAAAAUAGGUACAGAUCCAUAGUGUAUAAUUCAUUGUGUUUAUUGAUAUAUUUAGAUAGCAGCAUUUUAAACAUGAAAGGUUUUGAAUGAAAUUAUUAAGUAUGUAAUCAUGGAGGAAAAAUGUUAUUGGAAUUAUCAAAUCAUAAUAUCAAAGGUUUUGCAUUCAAAUGUGAAUUUCCGUCAUAAUGAAAAACUGCCCUUUUUUGUCAUGGUGACGUCAAGAAAAUUACCAUACCAUAAGACAAUAUGCCAGUUAGUGGGUCCUUGUAAUUGACAGCCGGAUUAUCACCCACAAGAACAGCAAUUUGCUUAAGACUAUAAAUACCCUUAAACUUUAGAAAGUUGAUCUUGGCAAACAGCAUCUAGCAAAUGUGACAUUAACAAGUCAGAAGUAUUUUUAAUGGAAAAUAGUUAUGUACAUUAUGCCCAUGAAAAGUUCAGAUGUGUAUUUCAAUUUGUUCUGAAUGUGAAUUUUUACUGAAACUUUUGUAUUUGCUGGUUAAUUUGACUUCAGCUGAUGAGACUCUGAAUGUUAAGAUACGGCAUCAAUAGCAUUUUAAGGUGUUUCUAAAAAUCUGUUCCUUGACAAAAUAGUAAGAAAAAUAUUAUAAUAGUGAAAAUAGUGUAACAAAAAUUAAUAACAAUAACUCAAGGCCAAAUUACGAACAUUUCCAAGCUUUUGACCGCAUCCUACAGUCUGUAUCAGUGGUUGUCAAGUUGUCAUCACAUGAGUGUCUGUAAGUUUGAAAGGGUGACAAAAUUGGACAUAUACCAUUUCUACUCAGAAAGGAUUAGAUAAUAAGACACCCACACCAACUGAAAACCAGGAGGAACUUUGCUAAAUCAAGAGACACAACAGAUGCAUUCUAAUGAGACUCUUACAUGGCUCAGCUCUCUGAACCAGCAUUUAGCACCUUAGGAUAAGGUAAGGAAAGACACAACUGCCUAGACCGGGCAUCCUGUGCAGCAGCUCUGGGGAAUGUCACAUUGGUGAAGGACCCUCGACACGAGUCCAAAUGAAUGCUGACAUCAUCAUUAAACACAUUUUUGUGUACACUUAAUUCAAAAUGGUCUCAGCAUUGACUGGGAAUGGCUCAACGUCAUCAUCCAAUUACCAGUCGAUGGCUAGAGAAGAUUCAAGGACGCCAUCUGCAUACAACAUGAGAGAACAUAUUUGAACAUUCCUAGUGGCCUAGAAAUCCCAUUCAAAUUAGUUGAUUCUGCACCUCACACUUUAGCUAAUGCCAGUGUUCAGGGCCAGUAUAGGUUGUAGUAUACCUUUUAUGAUGACAUUCAAUGACAAUAGAGCAAACACAAUCUGCAGAUUAUGACUGAGAUUCUAAUGAAUUCUCUGAAAUAGGCUUGUCCCACACAAAUGUUGUCUGUCCUGAAGGGUCCUGUGUAGUCUGAAAGGUUCUGUUCUGACCACGACAUGAGUUUUCUGAGAUAACACAUCAGUUUCCAAUCCUGUUUGAUUUCACUAAAGCCAAGAUCAAGAUGUGGUUCUUGUUGUGCAACUUGGAGACAAGUCUCAAAUGGGAGGAGAAAUACAAGGAUAUAAGGGUUCAAUGAAAAGGCAAAUAGGCAAUAAAAAAACACGUUUUGACGAGGGGCCAUCGUUUGCACACAAGUGUUUAAGACGAGGGGUAAACUCUGGUCCUUGUCUAGCUCGAUCACUCGUGUGCGCUUGUCAGCUAUUUUGUCUACUUUCACAGAUCUUUUAAGCUAUAGUAAUCUUGUAAUCAGCACAUCUUGUCUGAGAUCAGAUGUUUUGUUCGUGGAACCUUGCAGCUACAUGAACACAGUCAGGGACAAGAAACCCUUUGUGGUUGGAGCAGCACAACCACGGUGAGACUUCCAAAGGCUUGUAGUGUGCACUUGCCCAAAGUAGGCCUUGAGUUGAGAUUAUUUUGUCAAGAAAACAAAGAGUGUCUUAUAUGGUGUAUGCAAGGGUUUUGGUAUUGGUGAAGCAAUACCUUUUAGAGAGGCUGUGUUGUACUGAACAUUUCCUCCUACAGUUUGUGAAGUCUAUGUUGUUGUCAGUGUCUAUUGUUACAUGUAUGUCUGCACUGAUCAGAAGAAAGCACUAAAUGUAAGAUUCCCUGGACUCUUCUUGUUGGUGUUUUGUGUUUGAGUCGGUCCUUGAGAGUCACAGCUGGACAUUGUUACAGUUUGCUUUCCCAUGACACCAUUUUUUCUAACCAGACAGAUUUGUCAAAUAUGGAGAUUGCAGACCACACUAUGCAAUGAUGUCGGUCAUCACAUUCCUAUUGCAAGUCAAGCUGCCAGUUCGUUGCAUUAUUUUCCCUUUAAUAACACUGUGGAUAGUGAUGUUCUCGGCAGCGAAGGAAGAGAAAACUCAUUACUGUCACUGAAGCGCACUAAAGCAUAUACUGUAGGAUCAGGGAAAGACGAUAAAAGUCACGUGGAAGAUAAGACUUACAUGUAAAAGUACAAGAGAUUUGAUUUUCACCAAAAACUACUUUUAAAUAGUAUAGUAUUCAUGACCUAAAGAAAUCCUGCAUGACAUGUUGGAUAAUAGGUGUCGGUGGUAUCUUGUGAAAUUUCUUUUCAGUUAAUGUUUUAAUUGUUUGUCACAUUUUUGUACAGUAAUGGUUGUUAAAAUGGCGUCUUAGGGGGUAUACAAUGAGAAUAUGUGGUAAGAGAACUCUAGGAUCACAUGUACAUAGGAACGUUCAUGUUGUGUAAAAUACUUGAAAUCCCUUUAAUUAGUUGUUCUUGAAUGUGCUACACCCCUUAGCGUGGUCUUGUAGAGGCAACUCCAUACUCCUCAAGACAAGAUCCGAAUAGUCUAUAAAAUGCAUGUACAAUGUCAUGAAGCACAGUGUAGCCAAGGACCCGAAAGUAUUUCUAAGUGCCUGAAUACUUAUCCUACCAUUUUAUUUUUUUAUUUUAAUAUUUUAUUAUUUUUCCACCUCUGGUUUUUGUUCCCAACACUCUUACUUACGGAUUCUCACUGUUUCAUGUAUCUUUUAAUUUUGUUAUAAGUUAUAAAAAAAGAAACUAUCACCUGUGUUGAUGCAACAUGUUUUAAUUGAAUUCUAAUAUAUCAUAUUGCAGUUUUCUGUGCACAGACAGAGCGGUGCGUACGAUAGCCUAAUUCACAGUUGACCCUGACUGUAGUGGAUCUGUUGUAAUGACACGGCAUAUAGAAAAUGAAAUAAAGACAUUGGU